AUGGGUACAGGCAAGAAAGAAGCCGCUCGUCGAGAGCGGCAGGGGAAGACUGGGGAUGGGAUGGCUAACGUCCGCGUUAAAGGCGAAAACUUCUACAGAAAUGCGAAGAAGAUAAGGACGCUCAAUAUGUUUAAGGAUGGCCGGGCACAGCGAAAUGCGUCUGGUGAAAUCACAAAAGCGGCUUCCUACCAGUCUCGAGAGAUUCCAAAUGCACGAAUUGAACCCAAUAGGAAAUGGUUCGGAAAUACUCGAGUCAUUUCACAAGAGGCAUUAAGUUCAUUCCGCGAGGCCGUUGCAGAACGGGCGUCCGACCCAUACCAAGUGCUUCUUAAGACAAAUAAACUUCCAAUGAGCUUAAUUCGGGAUGGUCAAGCUCCAAACGGGUUGAAGCAGCACGGCGCGAAAAUUGCGGUGGAGGCUGCACCGUUCAGUGAUACCUUUGGGCCGAAAGCACAAAGGAAACGAGUUAAACUCAGUGUCGGGACAUUGGAUGAGCUCGCUGGUGAAACAGAGAAAAUGCAUGACACAUACCUAGAUCGACUGGAACAGGCGAAGCUUUUAAGCGGAACAUCGGGCGAAGCCGACAGUGCAGAGCACGAUGGAGAGCUCACAAGCGCUAGGGAGCCUGUUUUUUCAAAGGGGCAGAGUAAGAGAAUUUGGAACGAGCUCUACAAGGUAAUUGAUUCGUCCGACGUCGUUAUCCAUGUUCUCGAUGCGAGAGAUCCAGAAGGCACUCGCUGUCGCAGCGUUGAGAAGUACAUCCGCGAAGAAGCGCCACACAAACAUUUAAUUUUCGUGUUGAAUAAAUGCGACCUAGUGCCAACCGGGGUAGCUGCAUCGUGGGUCCGUGCUUUAUCCAAGGAAUAUCCAACACUUGCAUUUCAUGCUUCGAUCAAUAAUUCUUUUGGCAAAGGAUCUUUGAUACAGCUGCUUCGUCAAUUCUCAUCCCUUCACUCGGAUAGAAAACAAAUCUCUGUGGGAUUUAUUGGGUAUCCGAACACUGGGAAGUCUUCAAUUAUUAACACGUUGAGGAAAAAGAAGGUUUGCACCGUGGCUCCUAUCCCAGGGGAAACGAAAGUUUGGCAGUAUAUCACCUUGAUGAAGCGCAUAUAUUUGAUCGACUGCCCAGGAGUUGUUCCGCCUAGCAACACGGAUACUGAGGAGGACAUUUUACUCCGUGGGGUAGUCCGCGUGGAGAACGUUCAAAAUCCCGAGCAAUACAUCCCCGGCGUUUUGAAACGGACUCAACGUAAACAUAUCGAACGGACCUAUGAAAUCAAAAACUAUACGGAUGCAGUUGACUUCCUGAGCAUAUUGGCCCGAAAGGGAGGAAGGCUUUUGAAGGGAGGGGAGCCGGAUCUUGACGGCGUUGCUAAAAUGGUUAUAAAUGACUUCCUUCGUGGAAAGAUACCAUGGUUUACACCCCCUCCCCACACACCAGGCGAGAAGGUUGAGAAACUUGAGGGCCGCGAGGGCCGCCUAGGGGAAAUCACUCGAAAGAGGAAAAUCUCAGAUGCAGGGAAUAAUGGCCCUGAAGACGACGCCGGAGGAUCCUCGCUGGAGAACUCCGACGAUGACACUUUUGACGGAUUUGAUGAUGAUGGUGAUGAUGAAGAAGCAGAAGCGGGUGAUUCGGGUAAUGAGGCAAAAGCCUCUCCCGAGCCUGGUGAUGCCAUAGGUUGA